AAUGCCUAGUAUAAUUCAAAUGUUGAGUAAAAUAAAUAAACUUUGAUUUAUAAACAUGAAUCCUGGGGAAAGUAAUUUAUGGGGCUCAAGAGUAGUCUUCAUAACAGUUCUCAUCUGUCAAUUAGUUGGAAUAACUAACAUCAAUAGUAUACCAAAUUAUGCUCUGACACAAGGUGCAACAGGUUAUAUUAUAUUCCUUAUAAUCAUCUAUAUAUUCAUGGGAAUACCACUACUCUAUAUGGAAUCUGUAGUAGGACAGUUUACAACAAGAGACUGUAUAGCAGUUUGGAAAAUUUGUCCUUGCUUCUCUUUCAUGGGCUAUGUGGUUUUAAUAUGGCAAGCGACAAUCCUUAUUUACAAUCAAAUAAUGACUUCAUUUCUGGUACAUUAUUUACUGGUCAGUUUUGAAAAUCCAAUACCAUUUUACACUUGCGGUUCAUGGAGUUCUAGGUAUUGCAACAGCUUGGCGACGAAUUACACGGUCAAUCAAGAUUGCAUAAAAUACCAGAACCUAUUUCCUUACUGUGACAAUCUGUACAAAACAUUUCCCGAAUAUCAGUACUGGAGAUUCUAUUUAGUGAGAGGGAGAGAACAUCGAGAAUUCUUCAUUGCAUGGAAAGUCUGUGUUGCUUCAGGAUUGAUCAGCUUUAUUCUUUACCUCAGUAGCUUCAAGAGAUCGAAGUCUUUGAGAUGGAUUGUCGUGAGUUUAUCAAUUUAUUCAAUCUUGGCACUCACAAUUAUACUGACGGGCUCGAUGCGGCAGAAGGGAGUGGUGGUCAAAUACGAGGAAUCGCUUGAUUUAGAUUUUAGUGAAUUCACCAAGAAAUUUCGACUAUCGCACCUUAUACAACAAAUAGUGUACAAUUUAAACAUUGGUGCUGGAACGAUGUUUACCCUAUCGUCAACUUUAUCAUUUAGGUCUCCUUGUUUUUCAGACAUUGUAAUAGCUGUAGUUAUCUGCACUUUGUUUACUGUAAUAUUUGUUUUCACUACCGCAAUGAUGACCUGCCCCUACGCCUACGAAUACGGUACAAAACCAGGUGCAAUCAUAAGAACUCCGAUGAAUCUUAACUUCGAAACAAUACCAAGAUUAAUCUACCAAUAUGAGCAUAAAACUUUUUAUUUAAUAGUAAUUUUUAGUUACGAAGCAGUCCUAGGCGUAAGUACGAUGGUGAUAUAUUUAUUUAGUUUACUCGAAGUGGCCUUUAAAAGAUGCCCAAAACUAGCAGAGUAUCCAGGUUUAACUACUUUUUGUACUGUUGUAUUGAUGUUUUUUAUGACAAUACCAUUUUUAAGUUACUAUGGCGUUAAUAUGAUUGCUCUUAGUUUUCGACGCUACUUUACUUUACUAUCUACAUUCAUUGGCCUACUAGAGGGAUUAGUGUUCAUAAUUUGGUACGGUGUAAAUAGAUUAUCGGAAGAUAUUCAUUUUAUGUUGGGUAUACAACCGAAAAUUUUUAUAAAAGCUACUUGGAUUUUGUCAGUUAUUUUAUUGGCAUAUGCAUUAUGCAAUGAAUUGUAUUACCAAUUAAAUAAUUUAACUGGUUAUAUUUACGCGACAUAUGCACUUAUAGCGCUAUUAAGUUGUAUAGCAGCACUAUUUGUGACGACUUUAUUAGUAGCUAUUUGUACAAAAAGAUUCCGAAGGUUUAUUUCACUAGAUCCUACAUGGGGUCCCAGCACUGACAUAUUACAAAGAAGUCGAGCUAUGUUUUCAGCACAAGCUAUGACCAAAGAAUACAUAUACCGUCAAUAUCACCUUCAAGCUGGGAUUAUGGCAAGACAAAAAAGGACCAAUGGAAUUAUCGCUAAUCGUUAAGUAGGUAAACAGAUUAAAUGUAUCACAGGCAUGUAUGCAUU